AUGGGGUCUGGCAGCAGCGUGAAGCGCACACCAGUCCAGGAGAUUGCGCUCCAGACCGUGGUGCCCCAACCGCGACGGUCGACCGCCGCCGCUCGGACGGUCAUCUUCAACGGACAGAGAGGACAAGCUGUUUCUUUUGGCUGGUUGUGGCCUCCCUUGGGCAAGCGCCUUUUCGUGGAGCACGAGCGGUUGAGAGAAGCUGGAAUUUACACCUUUUUGCUGUUUCACGAGUCUCGAAGAGACGCAUCGAAGCUGCGAGGCAUGGCUGACGAGAAGGAUUCGAAUGCUGGAGCUUGGAGCAGAGUCCCAACUUGGGACGGAUCACCCCAGACCUGGAGGAGCUUCAGGAAAGACAUGUCAUGGUGGUUGGCCGGACUUGACAUCCAAUCCACCAAGAAGUACAAUCUGGCAGCAAGAUGGCUCUUGCGGCAAACCGGAGUGGUGCGACAGAGAGGAGAAGAAUUCGAUCCAGCAGAGCUGGAAUACCAGAAGGAGGUCAAGAUGCCCAAUGCCGAGACCGGCGACGACGAGAUCGUAACUCCAGAGGAUCCCUUGAGCGGCAUCAAUCGCCUUCUUCGAGCACUUGAGGAGAUGACAGGUCGCACCUCGCUCGAUAAGCGAGGAGAGCUCCGGAACGUCUUCUACCUGGAGUUGAAGAGAAGGAAGCCCUUCAUGCAGAAACAGGCCAUGGUGUCUGAAGCCGAGGAGGAGAUCCAUGUUGAUGAACAGGGGAAUGAACCGCCUGGUGGGGAUGAUGAGAUGGAGCCUCAGACUUUGGAAGAAGUCUUGACCACCGAAGCUGAAGUUCUUGCAGCUGAACUUGAUGAAGCGGCUGCUCAGGGUGUCGAUGCCGACACGUUGCAAGAGAUUGAAGAAAGCGUUGAAGCAGCAGCCGAAGCCUUCUUGACGAUGAAGGAGGCCAGAUCCAAGUUGCAAGAAGUCCGCAAAGACCGCGGAUAUGGCAAAGCACCUUCUCCAGCAUCCAGCUCAGUGGCCAACAAGGUCAACUUGAAGAAGCAGUCGGAUAGGCAUCCUUGCUUUGACUGCGGCUUGGCAGGACACUGGGCAGGCGAUCCAGAAUGUCAGAAGCCUGGACAACAGCUUGGCAGAAAGAAGGGGAAAGCGGUUCAGAAACAGGUGAAAGUCACCGAGGCGCUCAACACGGAGCAUACAGAUGAAGCUGAUCCUGAACAUGAAGUUCUUGUGCUCCGCCAUCAACCGCAAGUCCUCACCGAUGCUUUUGUCUCGACUGUACAGAACUUCCAUGAGCCCAAAGAGGUGAACGCUUUGGGCCUCGCUUUGGACAAAAGAUUGGUGGGAGCAUUGGAUAGUCAACUGCCCCCCGAGGAAGUGAUUGCCCUGGUAAAGUGUGAGCCCGAGAAGGAGACCUUUCGCUUUGGUAAUGGGGGCACUCAAGUCAGCAAAGAACGAUGGCGCCUUCCUACCAUGGUUGGUGGUGCAAUCAUUUGUUUUUGGACCUCUGUUGUUCCGGUGGCAUCCCUGGGUUUGCUUUUGGGCCGUGAUUUUCUAGAAGCGGUUGGUGCAGUGAUGAGUUUUUCUCGGAAAGCCCUUCGGUGCGACCACCUGGAUGGGAAGGAGAUCCCAUUGAGCCAGUUGACGGCAGGUCACUAUGCCCUUCACCUCCUCCCGAGCUCUUGGCCAGGUCUGGGCUCUCAGAAGUGGCGUCGAUUUGGGUUAGAUGGCAUUUUGGAAGUGCAAUCUUCGUUUGAGCGUUGGGUCCAUCGUCGUUUGAAGAUGGUUGAUGGUCCUCGUUCGUCGACGUCGCUUGGACAUGAUCAUUUUUUGGCAGAGAGCAGUGUGAAGGCUGGUGAACUUGUUCGAAAUGUGUUGGCCCCGACGUUUUCUGGCUCGGUUCAAGCUUUGUCCAUGCCUCGGACCUCUGAGCGUGGGAUUUCCUCGACGACAUCUUCUACUACCAGGUCGACCUCAAGGUCUACUACCCGAUCGCCUUUGAAUGGAGGGCGGAAGCAGCAAGCAAGGCCCAAUGAGCCUGAGCAUCAGCAGGUGGCGAAGAAUGUUGCUCCGCCUUCGAGAACGGUUUCUAUGGGCAGUGAAAGGUGUACUAACCAUGUCUCAAAGGAGGCCAAAGCAGAGGCUCGAAAGGAAAACAGCAAGGUCUUGGGACUUUGUCGAAAAGCAGUGCGGCUCUUGGAGCCUUUGGUGAAGGAUGGCAAGAAAGCUUCCAAGAGUGAGUAUGGCAGUGCACACUUGAAGCAGGAGUACGAUGCAGCAUCCCAGAUUCUCAAGAGUUCUCAGAAGUUGAUCAUCGAGGGUCCCCAGGCCACUGCAAAUGGCAAGAUCUUGGAGUACCAGUAUGACGACUCUACCAUCAAAGAGUUGCACAAGAGCUUGAAGCAGCGGGUCGAAAGCACAAAGCAAGUGGAGAUGUUCCUGACCAAGAUGGACGAUUCGGCACUUGAGAAGUUUGCCAAGGUGAUCAAGAAGCCAGCAUUUUCCUGGGCAGACUAUUCAACACGUGAUGACCAAGGCAGAGACAUCAAAGAGAUUGUGGCCUUGACUUGGGAAGAAUAUGAUGACAUGAAGCAACACAACAAAAGCUAUCAUGAACCGCCCUCCGCGACCUGGAAACAAUUCAAGAAGCAGUCUCUCUUCCAGAAUGGAUGGCGCAUGGUGAACAAGAAGUGGGUGUGGAGCUACGAUUGGAUCCCUCAAGAGGUGCUGGAUGAGGAGACCAACAAGAAUAUCCACAAGGAUGAGAAGGCAACCAGCUCUGAUGGACUUCUUGACUACUACUCUGCAUGGGCACUUGCAGAUGAAGAGGAAGAGGCGUUCUACACCUGCUGGGAUGAAGCUGAGAAAAUGAAAUCCCAUGAAGACUAUGGAGGUGAGGUAGUUGAGUCAGAAAAUGAUGCACUUGACGACCAAACAAUCAGCAAGAAGUUGGCUGAAUCUCAGGCAGCUUGGGAGGCUCAAGAGACGCAAGAGCUGAUUCCAGAACAAUUGUCGCAAACCCUGCUGGACAUUGCAGAGCCUUUGGAGGCAGCACCAAAAGACAAGAGUGCUGGAGAAGCGCAGCAAACACUAGACCCCCUUCAGCAAACACAUGGCAACACCUCAGCAGAAGGACGCACUCAAGACAGUGACGCAGGCAAGACUUUUUCUACAGCUCCAUGGCGGCAAGGCUCCAGUGAAGCUGCAUUACCACAAAGCUCCGGAAACUCAGACCAACCAGCACAAGAAUGGCAGAGUUCAUGGCAGGGUGGAAGCUGGUCGGAGGUUGCAGAGACACAGCAUGCAUGGCAAGAUGGCAGCUCAUGGUUGCAAAGUGACGAACACCAAGCAUGGCAAGCACAGCAAGAUGGCUGGUCGGAACACCAUGGUUUGCAAGAUGACAGCUCAUGGUGGCAGAGUGACGACACAGGCCAAACAGAGGAUGAUGGCAACUUGAAUGGCUAUGCUGAAGAGAUUGGUGAGAGGCCUUACUUGCGGUACUUGCCGCUGCCCUAUCCAUCUUCGGGCACCCCGGACCUUUGGUUGCGGCAAGGUCAACAACAGGUGGCAGAUGGUCAUGCGAGCAAGCGACACCUGGACAUGGCCUACACGAUGGACCGCUUCGUGUACAAGAACCUGGUGGAGUGCAUGCAUUGGCGAGACCGACUUGGCAUGAUGACGGCCUUCUGCGAAGACCCUGUGUUGACGGGAAUGAUUCAUGCAAAAGCCGCCAAGGGGUUGAGGAAGAAGGUGAGAGACGCCGCUUUGGAAGAAGCCAAGAAGGAGGCCCUCCAGGCCGAACAGGUCUUGAAAGAGAAGCCUACACCUGCUCCCAGCAAGGCGAAAUCAAAAGCGAAGCCAGCAGCCACCAAAGCUCAAGGAUGGACCGUGGGCUACAGUGCAGGUCUGGUGACAGAGCCGUCUCCCGGGAUGGUGUCCUAUCAACACCUCAUCGACAUGCGCAACCGGUUUCAGACAACCCUGGACCACAUGGCCUUGGAGAUCCAAGAGCUUCGACAACAACGUCAACAGGGCACGCAGGUGGACCUCUCCAGUUUGGCGAAGACGGUGUCAAGCAGCUCCGGCUCCGGAGGAGAGAUGGAAGUGACGCCGGAACUUCUUCAAGAUGCCGCCUGGUCCCUGGAGGGAGCAUUCGAGCAGCAGUUGGCUGCUCACUACGGGGAGGAGAACGUGAUGUUCCUGACACCGGAGGAGAGGGCUCAGGCGGAGUUCUUCAAGGAGAUGGAGGCCCACAUGAAUGAUGAGACCUUCUUCCAAGUGAUUGAUUUGAUGCCCAGGUUCCAUGAGUCCCUUGUGAAUGAGAAGACGAAUGGCUCUGAUCCCCGUCCUUUUCUGGCUGAGGUCUACACGACAGCACAACAUGUGUCCAAAGUCGCCCGCGACCGUGGUCAUGCCGUUGGACCUGCUUUGAGCCUGGAGACGGGGUGGAACUUUCUUUUGGCUAGCCAUCGAGAGCGAGCCAAGAAACAGCUGGCACAAGACAAACCUUUUUGCCUGGUCUUAGCCUUCCCAUGUGGCCCUUUUAGCCCUUUGCAACAUCUCAAUACCAAAGGAAAGCUAUCCUGGCCUCGACGUCUGGAGGAAGGGCGAGUCUUGAUGCGAUUUGCUUUGGAGUUGGCUGACAUGCAGCUCAAGGUGAUUGACAUGUUGAAUGGAAUGGUUUGCAAGCGUGACCAUGCCCACUCUCCUGUCAUCGGUGGCUCCCGGGUAACAGCUCGUGCGGGCAUCUACCCUAUGGGCCUUGCAAAGGCCAUGGUGCGGGGAGUUGAAGCUCAGUUCGAACAGGACUUUGGCCAUGAAGCGCUGGCUGCUGAGGUUGUGGAGGAAGAAGUCGAUCGUCCUGAUGGUGCGCUCGGCUAUGGAGAAGAUUCUGACGAUGAUGAGAUGAAGAUUUCUCCAGAAGAGGCCAAGAUGAACAUUCCGGCAAGCGUGAAGCUGGCCAUCAAGAGGUUGCAUGAGAACACAGGGCAUCGCAGUGGGCGAAGACUUGCUCGCGCUCUGGCUAUAGCAGGGGCACCUCCGGAAGCAGUUGUUGCAGCCAAACGACAUCGAUGUGCCGUUUGUGAGGAGAAGGCUCCACCCAAAGCUCGGCGACCUGCCAGUCUCCCUCGUCCAAAAGACAUUGGUGACCAAGUGCAUGUGGAUUUGCUGGAGGUCGAGGACUGCCAGGAGCAGAAAUACUAUGUCUGUCACUGCACGGACGCGGCAACUCGCUUUCAAGUGGCAGAAGUGCUGCCGAACAAAUCUACGGCAGCAGUGAUUGAGUUCCUGAGCAAAAGAUGGGUGGCUAUGUUUGGGCCGCCCCGUGUUUUGGUGUGUGAUCAAGGAAGAGAGUUCAUCUCUUGGGAGAUGGAAGAGUGGGCAAGCUCAAUGAGCAUUAUGCUGCACCACAUUGCCGUUCAGGCUGCACCAACUCCAGGUUCCAUAUGCUACUUUUACCGCCCUCUCCGGUACAACAACAAGAUGUCUCAGAGCCGGAAGAAGCUCACCUUAAAGAGAUGGCAUGGACCUGCGAUGAUGGUGGCGAUGGAUGGGCACGCCUCCGUGUUCCUCUCCUACAAGGGACAACUCACAAAGUGUGCUCUUGAGCAUGUCCGCCUGGCUUCCACUAUGGAGCAAAUAGCUUCCGGUGCUUGGUCGGAAGCGACCAAGGAGGCGGUGGAUGCGGCUCGACAUGAGCAAGCCCUGAGGAAUCCUCAGAGUGAUGGCAAUCAAGGGUGGCAAGCACCUCAGCAGCCGGUCCUACCAGAGACCCCUGUGGCAGCUGGAAAUCCUUCGACACCCGCAUUUCUCCCUCCGUCCAAUGCGACAAUGAAUGCCGAUGAGAACCAGUUGGAAGGCAGAGAUCUACCUCCCGUACAACCUCAAGAGCUUUGGCAGAUGAUGGUAGACUCCUCAUUGCCGUCGCGACGGGCUAGCGAUUUUUCAGAUACGCCCUUUCCUCAGGCCACCAGACUGGCUAUGGGAAGACGACCUUCAGGACUGCCUUUGACCUCAGUUCGUGAGAGGGUCCGAGAAAUUGAAGGAAGCCUCAAACGUCCAGCUGAGCUGGAUGCGGAAGCUCUUCGUGAACAAGGCCAUGAACAAGGAACUCCUCGAGCAGAGGCUAGCAGUUCAACGCCUGCAGAAGUGACGGAAGAGACCCUGGUGACUGAAGCCGUUGAUGUCAUCAAGGCGGAGCUGAAGAAGGAAAAUCUCCACCCAUUGAGACGAGCUUUCCUGCAGGCUGAACUGGACAAGCAGUCUCCACUAGAUGCUGAAGUACCAGAUCAUGGCACCUGGCAUGGAAAAUGGUCCCUGCCGUCAAGAUCGGAGUGGUUGGCCCAUCAGAAACUGGGUCUGAGCUGGCCCAAUGGAAGUCAGCCCGAUCAUGAAGUCCAAGCAGUGCAAGCAAAUCGCAAGGAGUUUCGAUGGAGGACUAUGUCCAGUGAGGAGAAGAAGGCAUUUGCUGAAGCUGCAGAGCAAGCAUGGUCAGUAUGGGAGGAAAAUGCUGCAAUCGAAGUUUUGACGCCAGAAGAAUCAGAGCGUGUGAGAAGGAUCAUGUCCGCUGAUGUGAAGUCUGCCUUUUUGAAGGGAGACGCCUAUGUGGAUGGCCAGCGGGAGCUCUUUCUGGAGAAUGUGAAGGGUGAGGAGCCCAAGUUGCCUUUUGGGAGCUGCUUGGCAAAGAUCCGCAAGGGAGUGUUUGGACUCUCAGAUGCGCCCCGCCAAUGGUACUUGCGCCUCAACAAGUCCUUGCAAGCAGCUGGAUGGGAGAGGACGGUUUUCGACUUCGCAUGCUGGCUCAAAUGGUCUGAUGACCGCAAGAAGCUUCGUGGCAUCAUCAUCUCCCACGUGGAUGACUUGUUGCUGGGCGGUGACUCUACCGCGCAGGAGAGCCUGUUGACCAUUGGAAAGGAGCUGGGCUUCGGAAGUGUAGAAUAUGAUGAUUUUGUUUACUGCGGGAAGAGAAUCCAGAUGAAGCCUGAUGGCGCCAUAUCGGUGAGCAUGAAGGCCUACCACGACAACCUCUCGCCCGUGGAGAUCCCUCUGAGCAGGAGAAAGACACCCGAAGCUGAGCUCAGUGAAAGUGAGCGCCGACAACUCCGAGCCGUUUUAGGUUCCCUUCAGUGGCUCGUCGCUCAGGUCCGAUUCGAUCAGGGCUAUAGUCUCAGCACCCUACAAGGUGAGAAGCCAGUGAUUGGGACGCUGCAAAAAGCCAACCAGUUGGUGAAGGAGUUCAAAAGACGUCCCGAUUUUUCCUUGGUGUUUCAAGCUUUGGAUUUGUCAAAAGCGGGCAUCAUGGUGGUCUCUGACUCCUCCCUGGGAAACGUGCUUCGAGAAGGAGGCUGUGAAGGCGAUGUGCUUGAAAAACUCUAUAGCCAAUCGGCUUACUUUGUAAUCAUUGGUGACCACAACCUCAUGAACGGCCGUGAAGGGUGCUUCAAUGUUGUGGAUGCUCGAUCACACCGGCUUCCAAGAGUAUGCAGAUCGACCUAUGGAGCUGAGCUCAUGGGAGUUGAGGAGGGCAUGGACAUGGGAAUCUUUUGCCGGGGUGGCCUAGCAACCUUCCUUGGUCUCCCUACUGGCCGACGGGAUUCUCUCAAAGUGAUGGAGGAAAUCCCCAUGGUUUCCAUCACGGAUGCCAAGGACACCUACGACCGCGGUAACUCCGACUGCCCGACCUAUGGUGCUCAGAAGUCCAUGGCUUUUGCCGUAGCUUGGGUGAGACAGACCCUCAAUGGCUACAACAGCAGCCUGAAGUGGACGGCGACUGCCAACAUGUGGGUGGAUGCUGGGACGAAGGCUAUGCCGCUAGACCACAUGCAGGAGAUCCUGGCAAAAGGCAAGUGGAGCUACGUCUACCACCAGGACUAUGUCAAGCAGAGCCCAAAGAAGAAAACGCCAGAGAAGAUCGGCAUGACUGCUGAGCUGCCAGGUGAGCCGUUAGAUGAGCGUUCCCAAAUGUUUCAAUUUGUUUUGAAGCUGAGUGGUCAACCCGGCUGGCACGAGAGGCCUGACAUGGCGGUGCACGUGGCCUACGGAGCCAAAUCUUUCAGGGUGCCAGAUGGCCGUUUUGGGGCCAACAAGUAUCCAGUGCGGUCCACCUUCGGGAAAUUUGAUCUGGAGGAUGGCCGAAGUGUGUGGAGGCAACUUGAACACGGUGAGAAUCUCACCGAAUUGGCGAAUCGCCAGAAGCUGUUGCCUAGGCCUGCCGGAUGCUUGAUUUCCUUGUUCAUGUCUCAAGCAAAGAAGAGAUUGGAGCAGCUGAGAAAUCAUGAUCGUGACAUGCAUGGUUGA